AUGGACGAAGACCUCAUCGCGUUCGGCAUCGUAAUGCUGCUCUUCCUCUCCUUUCCCUUCCUCACGGUCCUCAGCAUCACCGGCUGCGUCGCCUACUCGCGCACCAAGACCUGGGACAAGGCGCGCAACCAGCGUGCAGUCAGCCUCGAGUCCUCCAACGGAGAAACCAACCGCUUAGUCUCUGACGAGGCCGACGAAGAGUCCGACUUCUACGACACCGACGACGAGGAGGAGCACACCAAGGCCAAGGCGGAAGAGGAGGCCGACAAGUACCUUACCUUCAACCAGAAGUUCCGCAAGGAGUUCAAGAAGGUCUGGUCGGGCAAGGGCGACAUCCUGAAGCAGAAGGAGCGCGAGGAGCGCAGGAAGCUGGCCAAGGCGGUGGCAAGGGAGAUGGACCGCAGGGAGAGGAGGAAGGCGAGGGCUGCUGCCAAGGCACAGUCCGAAGACCUGCCGGCAUACACCAAGGCGUAG